AUGGACAGAUCUCACAUAUGCUACGCCCGUACUGGGCAACAUGCUACACCCUUGUCCAGGGUGCCUACGCUGCGUCGGGAACUCAACCGCCGUAUCGCCACUACUCUGUCUGGUGAUCCGCUGACGAAGAAGGAUCUGUCUACUUGUUUUACUCCCAUGGCCUGGUUAAACGACGAGGUUAUCAACUCGUAUCUAGCUCUAAUCGUUGACUACCUGAGACGCACAAAUCACAACAAUGGCCGUGGCGAUAAACCCCGUUUCCACGCUUUCAAUACUUUCUUCUUCUCCAACAUGCGCGACAAGGGCUAUCAGUCUGUCCGACGCUGGGCCAAUCGUGCCAAGAUUGGCGGCGCAUCUCUUCUUGACGUGGAUACCGUGUUUGUCCCAGUGCACAACAGUGCACACUGGACGCUUAUCGUGAUCAAGCCAAUGGAACGCACCAUCGAGCAUUUCGACUCGUUAGGCUCACUCUCGCACCGGCACGUGGGGGUGAUGAAGGAUUGGCUCCGUAACGAGUUAGGCCCUCGUUACGUCGAGGAGGAAUGGCGCGUCCUACCAUCCGUCUCUCCUCAGCAAGACAACGGUAGUGACUGUGGGGUAUUCCUGUUGUCCACCGCAAAGGCGGUGGCCAUCGGCCUCGAGCCACUAUCCUAUUGCGCGCGGGACAUUGUCCUGCUGCGCAAGAAGAUAGUGGCCGAGCUGAUGGCCGGGGGGCUGGAGGGGGAUUUCGAUCCAGCCUCCGGCGGGGAGGUGUUGCUCUAG